UUAGCUCGAAUGAUUCUUACGUAAAAGAGUCAAUGAUAAGAGGGUUCGGAGUGAAUAGAUUUACUAAAGUGCUAUUAUUUGCACGCCACUACAAUGCCGCCACGACAGGACCUAAGCGCCCAGGAAACGGAUACGGUGACAAAUGCCGUAUGGGCAAUGCUGCAAUUCAAAUGAGUGAGCCGCAAUUAGUCGCGAAACUUUUAGAGCUUUUUCCCGUCGAAAAGUCUUGGGUUCCAGUCAGCAAGUGGGCACAAAGCCUUUCGGAUGAAGUAAAAGAGCUUCUUGUGGCUUACGACGGCUUAGGGAAAUUUGUUUCAAAACAAAGUAAUUUUUUUAUUGUGAGAACUGAAAAUGGUGUGAAAAUGGUUUCCUUGACGACGAUGGGCGUGAGUUUGUGCCAGGGGCGUGAGAAAAAAGAAAAAUUUGAGCGUAUGAAAAGCGAGAAGUUCAGUCAAAGGCGAGAUUUUAGGAUACCGACCUCAAGUUAUCAAAACAAGAAGGCAAAUUUCACACCUAAUAGGAAUUCAUAAUAGUUCAUACUCAUACAAUUUUGGCGAUAAUACUUUUUACUUACUUUCCUUACUAGUGAUUCUCAUUUGAGGUGCAAAAA